AUGACGAUGGAGCAACACUUUGACCAAGAUUUCAACUUUGAUGAGGCGGUUCUUGACGGGGCCACGUUGGCUGCUCUUCCUUUCACGCCAGCGUACGAUUUUGACAAUUUUGCGACCACUUUUGAAGAUCCAUUUGCCUACUCGGCGCGAGCUUUUGAGCCCACCCCACACAUAGAUGCCCUAAAUGAAGACUCAUCGCCCCAGGAGCUCGACAACAAACUGCUGGGCUUUUCUGAUCCCAUCAUGAAUGCGACCCCUAUAGACGCAAACGGCAGCCUCGGCGAUGUGAGCAUGAGCGCCGAAUUGUACGGAAUGUUUUUCGUGGCUGAGGAUGUGUUUGGGGGCGAGAACACGGGCCGGCCGCUCGAGUUAACCUGCUACCGACGCAACCUAUGGCAGUGUUCGGGUCUGCUGACUCUGCCGAAACACCUCUCCCAUGUGAUGGACGAACAAGGCCGGCACUUUCCGGUUCAAGAGUGGCUGGCCUCCAUAACGGCACUGGAAUCCAUCGAAGGCAAAGCCACGGAAAUAAUCUCGAUUCCGUGGAAAAGCUCAAACCCCCAGAUGGGCGGCGAGGAGACCAAGGUUGCGGGUGCUCCGCCUCACAUUCCGCUCGAUCUUGGAACCGCUCAAGAGGUCGACGCAGUCCGAGUCAGCUUGCCGGUCUCGUGGAAACGUCUGCAGUUCAAACAUGCCACGGCCAACAAUGGGCGGCGAAAGGGUCUCCAGCAACACUAUGUCGUCCAGAUCAAUCUCAUUGCCAAGUCCAGCAGCAAUGACUCCAUCAAGGUCGCAGAGAUACAAUCCGGACCCGUGAUUGUGCGCGGCCGCAGCCCACGCAACUUUGAUAGCAGGAAAGACGUGCCCCUGACCGGCGAGAAACGGACGGAGAAGAAGACGGCCGCCGGUGCUGAAAACGCCACGUUGAAGUUGGAGCGGGAAACCCCGCCAAGCACAGUGCAGAAGUUUCAACCGAUGGGGAAUGCCCCGACCGAAUGGUCGGAAAACUACCAGCCUCCUGUGCCGCAUCCCAACAGUUCAAGUUGCCAUCCCGCAAAGAGGGUGGCUGUGUCACCCACCGUUACUCGACCACCGGUCCCUACUUGGUCAGGGGACGGGAAGAGCAUGGUGGUGAGCCCAAAUCACAGAAGCUCAGCCAGCCGCCACAGCACGGCCGUCCCCAUCAGCCUCUCUCUCUCCGAGGACGAAAAGAGCCCGAACCGCCUGAGCGCGGAGUUGCAAAGCCCUCAGUUCGGAAAGUCGCAUUCCAUCUCGGGGCAAAACGCUGGGAGCAGCCCCGCCGACGACCCCGAUCCCCUCUACGAGUACUUUCCUCUGACGGUAGACGACUGGAUGCCUCCCAUCGAUGCUGUCUACAGACCGCAUGUAGUCCACCACACCAUUGUGCCGCCCGAAGUCAAGGCUCUGCAGUCCCAGAGCAAAGCAAAGCGAUAUUUCGCCGCCGAGUAG